GCGUGACAGCCUUUAGUACUUAGCUACCAACAACUCACACCGCCCACGGCCAGUACAACACGCAUCUUUCCUUUACUCUGCUUGCAUUCCCUUUUUUAUUCUACCGCUCCCGAAAUGAUUGCGGCAUUUCGCUCGAGAGACCACCUUCAUCUUUGAGAGCCCAACAUGCUGCAUUCGCUUCUGGAGCGCUUAGCAUUCCGGGCGGACCACAGACAUAUCCCGACAUCACUACAUCAUGGGCCGACUCGGUGACAUUUCGCCUCAAGGCAGCAUCGCUAUUGGAAUCAUCGUCGGCCUCCUCUCCACCUCGAUCCAAAGCCUUGGCCUGACCCUGCAGCGAAAGUCACAUAUCAUCGAAGAUGCCAAACAUCUCCCAGAGACACGGCGGCCGCCAUAUAAAAGGAGGAAAUGGCAGCUAGGGAUGUUUAUGUUCCUGAUAUCAAACCUGGUCGGCAGCACCAUUCAAAUCACGACGCUACCCUUGCCAGUCCUCUCUACACUUCAGGCGUCAGGCCUCGUCUUCAAUACCGCGUUUGCGACACUGUUACUUGGCGAGCCGUUCACUUACUUCUCGCUCGUGGGCACGAUCUUGACUUGUUCCGGCGCAGCACUCAUAGCCACGUUUGGGGCCAUUGCAGAACCGGCGCAUAAUCUGCGGCAGUUGCUGGAACUCCUUCAUCAACGAGAUUUCAUUAUAUGGAUGGUGGCGACCAUGGUCGUGGUCGUGGCUACGAUUCUGUUCGCUCACGCCCUCAAGAUCUGGUCGUCUCACAAACACCUCGCACAGACUCUCCCCAAAUCCGAAAGGCCUCGAUCCGUGUCGACUACUUCAGGACGUCCUCCUACGUUGAAUCGCUCCUUCACCGCUCAACUACCCCAGCCAGUGAGGGUUAGGGUGAGUCGUAUGCGAUUGACACGAGGAUUGUGCUACGCUUUGAUAUCUGGCAUCCUAUCCGCUCAUUCUCUCCUGGUCGCAAAAUCGGCGGUCGAGCUGCUUGUGCGCACAAUUAUCGACCAUAAGAACCAGUUCGACCGCUUUCAAUCUUGGCUUAUCCUCCUUGCACUACUAUUCUUUGCUUUGACACAGUUGUAUUACCUACAUCUCGGUCUUCGUCUUUGCAGCACCAGUGUACUAUACCCCUUCGUUUUUUGCAUUUAUAACAUCAUAGCCAUCGUGGACGGCUUGAUCUACUUCCAGCAAGCCUCGAGGCUCAGUGCUCUCCAUGCCGGUCUUGUGGCAUUGGGCACGGCCAUACUACUUUCCGGCGUUUUGGCAUUGUCCUGGAGACUGGAUGACACCACGCCCGAAGAAUCAAUCCACUCAGCGCUUCCGCCCCCGACGCCUCUAACGCCUGGCAUGGGACUGGUACAGUCACCGACAGAUGAAAGACCUCCAUUACUUCCCUCAAACCGAACGCGGAGUUCCACAUCUGCUUCCCGGCCUUCUGCAGACGAGGAAACCCCUCUCCUGGUGGAAGGGGCUCUCCCAUCGACAUUUUCCCUUCAAGCCCCACCGGGCAACAAGACAAGGCGGAUUUGGGCAGAAUUGGACGAUGAGGAGCAACAGCAUAACGAUUACCUGGCGUCUUUGCCCUCGACACGGCCCGCUUUCAUGACACGCGCUAGCCAAUCCCAUCACCGAGGCGAGUCCGUUUCCUCACAGGCUCUCACAACAAGCACCCGACCCAGUUCGUCAGGGUCACAUGUUGACCGGAACGAAGAUCAGAAUGAGACUUCUGCUGGAACCGAUCCAAAUAUUGGACAAUCACACCGACGGCGCAGUGGUGCGGCCCUGUCUACGCUCGCGGCAGAUGCCUUGGACGAGACAGCCUCUCGGUCCCAGCUGCAAACAAGGCCGAGAAGCACUUCUAUACGGUUUGCUGAGCAGCAGGAGAGCCAUCGUGACCGGGGAAGCCGACCUUCUCCGAAAAGAAUAAGUCGCAGUCGCUUUGAUCAGCCCACGAAUGAAAGCGAAGGCUGAUUUCGUUGUCAAGAGGAUCUUGUUUUAGAUCGACGCUGGGUAAGAGGUCCCGUUUCUGGGACGUAAAUAGGGCGCAACUAGAGGAUACGGUAGCGAGUGCAAGUGGUUGCUCAGUGCAUCCAGCAUAGAGUACACGAGCGGUAGAUUUGGACCAAUAUAACACAUCGUUAUAUGACCCACUCGAGACGAGCACAAUGAACAGCGAUCAGUUGCCAUAAUGAAUGUACAAUGUGUCAAGUCUGUACGAGUAAUCUCCCAUCCAUCCAUUCCUGCUUGCUACG